CCCGCGUGGCGGCCGGAGCGACGCGCCGAGGGUCCCGCAAACUUGAGCGGCGCUCGCGCCCCUGCCCGCGGUCGGAGCGAUGAAGAUGGUCGCGCCCUGGACGCGGUUCUACUCCAACAGCUGCUGCCUGUGCUGCCAUGUGCGCACGGGCACCAUCCUGCUCGGCGUCUCGUACCUGGUGAUUCCCUACACCUUGCUCAUCAGACCGCAGAUCAUCAAUGCCGUGGUGCUGCUGAUUCUGUUGAGCUCCCUGGCGUACCCCAACCAGCAUCACUUUCCAAGUUCGGAGCUGGGAGGUGACUUGGAGUUCAUGGAUGAUGCCAACAUGUGCAUUGCUGUCGCAAUUUCUCUUCUCAUGAUCCUGAUCUGUGCGAUGGCUACUUACGGAGCAUACAAGCGACGGGCCGCCUGGAUCGUCCCGUUCUUCUGUUACCAGAUCUUCGAUUUCGCUCUGAGCGCCUUGGUUGCCAUCACGGUGCUUGUUUACCCAAACUCCAUUCAGGAGUACAUACGACAGCUGCCUCCUGAUUUUCCCUACAAAGAGGAUGCCAUGUCGGUGAAUUCUACCUGUUUGGUCCUUAUUGUUCUUCUGUUUAUCAGCAUUGUCUUGGCUUUCAAGGGUUACUUGAUUAGCUGCGUUUGGAACUGCUACCGAUACAUCAACGGCAGGAACAACUCCGACGUCCUGGUGUACGUUACCAGCAACGACAGUACGAGAGGAAGGGAGAAGGAUAGAGAGUUAGAAACAUCAAUGAAAGAGAAACAUCAAUCAGCUGCCUCCUGCACACCUCCUACUGGGGAUGUGCCUGCAACCAAGGUGCUGUUACCCCCGUACGAUGACGCCACUGUGACGGGCGCCGCCAAGGAGCCGCCGCCCCCUUACGUGUCCGCCUGAGGCCGUCGGUGGGCAGAGCUGAGCUGAGCAGAGCAGAGCUCGGCUUUGCAGGCAUCCCGGCAGUAGUUCUUUCCUCUCUCUCCUGAGAUGCGCUCUAAGAGUUAUUUGUUGCUGAAACGUGGCAACUUAAAUUUUUAGUGUUCAGUUGAAACCCUCUGUAGUUUUAAGCAUACGCUUUAGCUAGAGCACUGUGAUAGGUUAGCUUCCCCGGACUCCCCGGGCACUGAAACGCACCCCGGCAGUCUGGAUGGACCUUGAGGCAGAGAAGUCUGGUUUUGUACCCCUAGGCCCCCAAGUUGGGGGGUUAGUCACAUUUUUUUCCUUUCUGUUCCCUCUGCCUCUUUCAAAAAUAUCAAAUAAAAUGAAGAUGAAACAACA